UCUCGCUCCCCGGCCCUUACAGUGCCAACACAAAUGGUUGCCUACAGAAUACUCGAAAAACAAGUGCUUCGAGUGCUUUUUCGAAUGUAGCGUGUCUGUGUGCAAGUGUCGCAAGUGAUUUUUCGGGAAUAAUUAUUGUGUAUAUACAACUGGGAUUUUUUUAAGUGGACUCAUCGCGAUGCUUUACGAUAAUGCUCGCAGUUUUUUUUAAGAUACGUAUGCCUUGAGGCAAGAUGAAGAUCAAAAGGUCCGUAGACGUGAGGCUGAUAGCCCUGUGUACCACGUGUAUCCUGCUCCCGGCAAUAGCGUGUCCGUCGCAAUGCGUCUGCAAGUGGAAGAAUGGCAAAAGAUACGUUGAGUGCACGGAAAAAGACCUAAAAUCAAUACCCUACUCGUUAGAUUCAGAAACGCAAGUUUUGGAUUUCACAGGAAACGAUCUGCAGAUUCUGCAAAAGGAAACAUUUCACAAACUCGGAUUGCUAGACUUGCAAAAAAUUUAUUUACAAAGAUGUCGUUUACAAAAGAUUGACAGUCAUGCUUUUAAAGGCCUCGCUAAUUUAGUUGAAUUAGAUUUAUCUAAUAACUAUCUGACAGUGAUACCGUCACCGAAUUUCAUUUACUUUCCAACUUUAAUGAGACUGUCUAUGAAUAAUAAUCCUAUAACAGUUAUUAGAACGCAUUGUUUCCAACAUUUAUCAUAUUUGAAUACUUUAGAAAUGAUAGGUUGCAAGAUUGAAACUGUAGAAAUAGAAGCUUUCUCUGGAUUAAAACAUUUAGAAUGGUUGAGGCUAAAUGGUAACAGGCUUUCGAAUAUUCAAGGAGAAAACAUCUUUCCGGAUACUUUACGAGGUAUCGACCUGUACAAUAAUAAUUGGAACUGCGAUUGUCAUAUAAGAGACUUGCAUAAAUGGUUGUUAAAUUUUAAUAUGCCCCACGUUAUUGAACCGAUUUGUUCGCAGCCAGAACGAUUAAGAAAUCGUACUAUCACGAGUAUUGCCAGAUUUGAUUUAGCGUGUUUGCCGAAAUUGACACCUGCAUCAAUAUUUAUUGAAACAAUGUCUGGUAAUAAUGUCACUCUUGAAUGUUUUGUUAAGGCAGUGCCCGAAGCAAAACUGCAAUGGCUGUACCAAGGUCAAAUAAUACGUAACUAUUCCACUUAUUCAAUGGACCCACAUCAUGUAUUUUAUGUGGAGACUGGGAAUGAGGACAAGAAAAGUGAAUUAUACAUUUACAACAUAGGUAGUGAUGAUAACGGAACAUAUUCAUGUAUUGCUGAAAACUCAGCCGGACGAACUAGAGCGAACUACACAUUGAAAAUUCUCGUUAAGGAAGAACCGGUAGUUAUUGUGGUAACAUUUCCGCAUAGACAUUUAGUAGUUAUUAUCACGGUGGUAUUUGUGAUUAUAGUGUUAUUGAUAGCGAUUAUAGCUGUAGUACUAUUAAAGUUCAAGACAGAUACAAGAAGCAGGAAGAAGAAAGAGAGCGGUAAAGACGUAGCAUUAUGUAAUCAGAUGUUACCUUCAAGCAGAAGCAAUGGAUCUUUACCCAAAAAUAACGGGAGUUUAAUAGUGAAUGCUCAUUCCCAUCACGCGUUGCAUUACACCGUGCAGUCAAACCGUGAUUACGAGCCUAGCGAUACGUAUCAAAGCAAUAACAUGAAAGGCUUUGCAGACAGAAAUCCUGACCUAAUUAGUGAUGCAGAAACUGUCGCUAACAACACGCAAAAUGAGAACGCGGCGAUGUCUGUUUAUAAAACACAAACAGCGAAUGAUACUUUUGAAGAGGAAACAGCGUUUACGACGACUGCAGCGCCCCGACAAGUGACUUGGCAAGAUCAACAAAACAUAAACGGCAUGAGUAUGCCACAAAAUGCUUUAUAUCAACAUUCUGCCGACGUACAUUUAAAUCCGGGAUGCUUUUUAGACAGUGAAGGCUAUCCUUACGAUUAUGGUCUUCCAAAACACCCUUGUCGUACUCCAAUUAUGUCAAAUUAUUCUGUAAUCGGACCCUUUUAUCAGACAUUGCCACACAAUAGACCCAAGGGUCAAAAGCUGGCAUGCAAAUUUGCAAAGGAUAAUGAAUUCAACACCAAUGCUCCAACUUGUGCUAAUUUCGAAGUAUUUAAUGCAAAUAAUGUGAGACGAACUCUCGAAGGUUAUCCAGUACCGAGGAACCGGCAGAUAGCGUUCGUUGGAAAUGGUACAGUGUAUUAUAAUGAGGAGUUUGUUCCGUCGCCCCCUGAGGGGUACAAAACUGAACCUAUACCAUGCUGUAAUCAAGAACCAUGCACUUCUUGGGUAAGUCCAAAAGGAACAUGUGCUGUGAUGGUUCCAAUGGGUGUGGCGGAAGCUCCCGGUAGAUGCUACCAGGUAGAGACUAGAUGUGUUGAUACUCAAACAACUGACGCCCGUAUUCCAGUGGACAAUAGUGAAAGUGUUCUUAAGCCCCUACCACAAGUGUCGAAUGCUAAAUGUGCAUCUGACAUUUGUUCAGAAAGUCCCGAUGAGGGUUACGUGGGAGACGCUAACGAUAUCUGACGACGGCGUCAAGAUAGUACAUAAAAUGGAAAUUUAGACAUUAAUAGAGUGAUAAAGCGACUGAGUAAAAAUAUAGAAUAGAGUUAAUAUUAGGUUAAAAGGGAAAUCAACGGUUGAUAUCUCGAUGUACAGUGCACAAUUUUUAAACUAGUGAGCUGGUUACUUUAUUAAAAAUUGUUUGAUUUUUAGUUUAGAUGCCCCCGGUUGCUUGAAUAAUAUGUUUGUGUUCACUAAAUUUAAUAUUGGUUAAGAUGUUUGGUUGUGGUAUUUUUAAGUCAGUUUUUAUUCAAUAAUAAAAAUGUGAGAAUGAAGUUAAAGUGACGCUGAGUGGGAAAAAAACGUUUACACAAGGGAUGA